CUUCAGCAAGUCGCGGCAAAGUUGAACGUUUAUUCCACUGAGAACAACAAGAAGAAACAUAUACUGCUUGAAAAAUCGUKCUUUUAGUUAUACGAUUGGCAUUAUCUAAGCACAUAUCCAWAAAUUCAACUCCCGAAAGCGUUAUUUGAGAUUGAGAAAGCAAGAUGGCGUCUGUUAGAUCUCUYGUUAGAGGAGACGAGAACGCUCAAGUUGGUUUUCACUCAAAAACUGGAGCACAAGGACGGACCAAUGGACCUGCGAAGGGUUUGAAGUUCAAAGARGGAUUACAGACUCCAAGAAGAGCCCUCGGAGACGUAGGAAAUAUCUUCAAGACYCCAGGAAAUGUCCCAGAGAAAUCUACAAUGCUCAAAUCAAACCAACAACACAUUUUAAAGUCAUCAAAACAGAAAAUCAAGUCGACACCACUAGGCUCUCACAARCAAAAAAGCUCUGUGAAGACAGUAAGAAAAGAUGUUUUUGGAGAAAGAGAUUUUAGUUCUGGAAAAGAAAAAAUGAUUCCCUUUGUAGAUGAUGACAAACCCUUACCAAGAUCARAUGCUGUGAAGACCAUUCUACAAAAUGUCCAUCACCUAUAUAGAGGAUGUAUGCAGCCAUCUUCGUACAAAAAGCCUCUAUUUAUUGAUAACGACCAAAAAUGUAAUCUAGAAAAUUUGGACACAGCACAAGAACGUCAGAAUACAAGUGAUGCCUUAAGUUGGCUUCCAGAGAUAGAUGACAGCUUUUUGGAAGUUUCUAAGCUACAAACUGGUUUGGACGACCUGGACUUACCACCUAUAGACACAGAUCUGUCUGGACUAGGGUUACCAUGAUAACUAUUAAUAAUAUUAUUUUCUAUUAAUAGUUAUUGAUAAUGAUUAACAAAACAAUGUAAAUACUAGAUCUGAUGUACAACAACCAUGACGUGAUUAGUUUCAGUAAAUAGAACUUCCUAAAGCUUGAUUCUGUAUAUAUUUAAAUUUUAACUUUUGUGUUUAAUAGUUUGUAGAAACGUUUUGUUUGCAUUUAAGCAAUUUAUUAUCAUUAUAUUAUUCUCCAAGAUAAAAAUAUGU